AUGUCCUCCUCUCGCCCAAAGGACGAUCCCCUGGGGAAUUCCAUCCUCAUCGGGACUGCCGACGAGAGGGGUAAACUCGACAAGUCCACGGCCGAUCAGACCCUCGAAACCCUAGGUUAUACCCCCGAAUUGUCCCGCAACCGUUCGACCUGGCACGUGGUGUUUAUGUGCUUUAUCCUGUCCUCCGUGCCCUAUGGAUUGUCCACGACCUUCAGCUAUCCCCUCGCCGGCGGUGGUCCCGCCAAUAUCGUCUGGGGCUGGGUCGCCGUAUCCCUGAUCAUCCUGUGUGUCGCCGUCUCCUUGGCCGAGAUCACCUCCGUUUACCCUACUGCCGGCGGUGUUUAUUACCAGACCUUCGUCCUCUCACCUGUAUGGUGUCGCCGAAUUACCUCGUGGAUCUGUGGCUGGGCCUAUGUCGCCGGCAAUGUCAUGAUCACCCUCGCUGUCAAUUUCGGUACCACUCUCUUCUUCGUGGGCUGUCUCAAUGUCUUUGAGAAAUCCCCCGGAGUCGGGAUCACCGACGACUUCGGUGCCUGGCAGACCUACCUGAUCUUCGUUGCCAUUACCCUACUCUGUCACGCCAUCCCUGCCUUCGGAAACAAAUAUCUGCCCUGGCUAGAGUCCUUUGCUAUCUUCUGGACCUUUGCGGGUCUGAUUGCCAUCGCCGUGUGCAUCUUGGUCCUGGCAAAAGAAGGUCGUCGCUCUGCGCACUGGGUCUUCACCCACUUUGAGCCGCAAUCCGGCUGGCCCGCAGGAUGGUCGUUCUGCAUUGGUCUGCUACAGGCUGCAUACGCCACCUCGGCCACCGGCAUGAUCAUCUCGAUGUGUGAGGAGGUCCGCGAACCCGCGCUCCAAGUCCCCAAAGCAAUGGUGGGCACCAUCGUCAUCAACCUGUUCGCGGGUCUGGCGCUUUUGAUACCCAUCUGCUUCGUGCUACCCGAUCUGACCAAGCUGGUGACUCUGGCUCAACCCGUACCCGAGACCUUGAAGUCCGCCACCGGGAGCUCCGUCGGUGCUUUUUGUCUGUUGAUUCCCUUGCUCGUCCUGGGUAUUAUCUGCGGUGUGGGCUGCGUGACGGCGACGUCGCGUUGCACGUGGGCCUUUGCUCGUGAUGGUGCCAUCCCCGGUUCCAAGUGGUGGCGGAUCGUUAACCAGCGUCUGGAUAUCCCCCUCAAUGCGAUGGCCCUAGGCAUGGUGGUGGAAAUCUUGCUGGGGUUGAUCUACUUCGGUUCCUCGGCUGCAUUCAACGCGUUCUCUGGCGUGGGUGUUAUUCUCCUAACUCUUAGCUACGCUUGUCCCGUGGCUGUGUCGUUGAUCCUUCGGCGUCGCGCGGAUAUCAAACACGGUAACUUCAACAUGGGCGCUUUGGGCACAUUCUGCAACGUUGUUGCAAUCUCAUGGACUCUCCUGGCCAUCCCCCUCUUCUCCAUGCCCUCCUUCAAGGAAGUCACCGUGGAAACAAUGAAUUACGCGUCCGUCGUGUUCGUCGGCUACGUCGCCAUCGCGGCCGUAUGGUACUGGGUCUGGGGCCACAAGAACUACGUCGGUCCACCGACGGAGGGUGUGGAUCCCGAUAUCGACCCAUCGAUAACCCAUAACAUUGUGUCGAAGUCCGACUAG